AUGGAGCUCCCAGAUGGUGUUCGACAUAUCGUUGAUCAGGCAGGGUUUGGCCCAUUUUGCGUGGGGUUAUCGCGUCUUCAGGUGAGUAGGACCCUCAUGGGCGCAUUAGUAGGGAGAUGGUGGGACACCACCAACUUCUUCUAUUUCUCAGCUACUGGGGACAUGACGAUUACCCCGUAUAACUUUUCUAUACUGAUGGGCCUCGACGUGGAAGGUCAGCCGAUCCCAUAUGACUUCGAUAUGGACGAGUGGGAGGCAACUUGGACUUAUCUUCUCAGAGCCCAUCCCCCAAUCUACCAAUCAUCAUGCAUGGUCAGAUAUGCCUGGUUCACCGAGCAGUAUAGAGGGACCGUGCCCGACACUGUGGAGGCCACAAAGCAGUAUGCCCAGGGAUUUCUGAUGUUCCUUCUAGGAACCACAUUGUUCUCCAACAGGGGGAACACGAUCGGGCUAUAUCUUCUAAGUGCUCUAGUAGACCUAUCCCAGGUCCGGCACUUCGAUUGGGACGGCGUUGGCCUUGCUACCUUUUACUGCUAUAUGAGCGCGACCUCCCGCCGGCGGGGGAUCAUAGUAGGUGGCUAUUGGAGAGCCUGGGAGCUGUGGGUAUGCGCCUAUUUCCCGACGCUUGCCCCUGAUCCAGAGGUCAAGGCACCACUCAUGGUGCCAUCACCUGAUAGCCUUGGAUAG